AUGUCGAAGAAGAGUCAAGGCGAGGCCCGUGUCAAGAAGAAUGCAUUUGUUCACAAGUUGUAUACCAUGUUGAGUGACCCAAGUCUAGAUAAUCUCAUAUGGUGGAGUAAUAACAACCCUGAAAACAACACGUUUGCAUUAUACCCAGGCAAAGAGUUUGCUGAUUGUUUAACUCGAUAUUUCAAACACGGUAAUGUAGCCAGUUUUGUUCGUCAGUUGCACAUGUAUGGUUUCCAUAAGGUGAGUGAUGCUCAUCAUCAUCAUCAGCAACAGUUGCAAAAUCAACUUAAAUAUAAUCCUAUGAAUAUAGCUGGUUUAAAUAAUAAUGGACCUUUAGAGCAUGGAGCAAAUCCAGGUGGAUAUUUUGUCGGUGAUAACUCAACCAACACAGACUUGAUUGAUAAAGAUGUCCCACCAAUUUGGGAAUUUAAACAUCUGAGUGGCAAGUUUAGAAAGGGGGAUGAAAGUUCGUUGGUAUAUAUCAAACGAAGGUCGAGUUCAAACAGUAAUUCGAGAAAUAAUAGUUAUAGCAACGAGAGACAAUAUCAACGAGGAGACAGUCUAUCAGAGCAACAGCACCAGCCACAGCAGCAGCCACAUCUACCGGAGCAAUACCACCAACAGCUUCAACAACAAUCCAUGCAUCAUCCACAACAGCCACAACAGCUUCAACAACAUCUAUUUCCUCUUCAUCUACAAGAAAACCCUGUUUAUCCGAAUCAAGCUUUUCACAGCAACGGAGCAUACAUUCCAAAUCAACAACCUCAACAGACGGCUAUAUACGAUCCAAAUUCACAAAAAUUUCAUCCGAUACCACAUCAGAAUUAUUUUUAUUACCAAGGUCAACAACCACAGCAGCAACAACAACCCUACGUUUACUUUAAUCCGGUACAAGCACCAGCUCAAAUACAAUCGCAACAUUUACAACCGCAACUACAACAGCCCCAGCAACCGCAGCCUCCUCCGCCACCCACACAGCGUCAGUACUCUGGACAGCCAAUAUCAAACCAAGGAUUCAAUCUACAAUAUAAGCUACAGGAUCAAGGAACAGCAGCAAGAACACCUCCUCCAUCGUCAUCUUCGUCAUCCUCAAAACGCUCACAUUCACAGAGGUAUUCUUCGUUUGCUUAUCCUCCAGAACAAGUACAACCACAAACUGUUCAAUACCAGCAACAACAACAACAACAACAACAACAACAACUAUACCAGGAAUCCAACACCCCAAUUACAAGCUCCAAUGUAAAUCAGCACGAUGCUUCUCCAAACACGAGACGAGAGAUGAAGGAAUUUUCAUCGGAAUAUCCGAAGGAGCUGCUGUGGCAACCACAUUCCACAUCACCUCAAACUAAGCAAGCACCUAAACCUGAGUCUGAAUUUGACCGUCAAACUCCACCAGUGGAACAAUUUGCACCUAAUCUUCAAUUCAGAAAGGUAUGGGAUGACCACCACGGAUCACGACAAAGAAACCCAUCGCUAUUAUGCGAUCCACUAACUUCAGCACCACCACUUCCAAUGGGAGCAUCAGUAACGCCACCAAUUGGGGGUUUAGCUAACACCAGAGGUAUUUCACCAUCAUCGGCCAUCGGUAAUCGAUUAUCUGUCCAAAGAAGCAUAUCAUCAAACACGAUAAAUUCACGACAAUCAGUGACAUUGCCACCACCUUCAUCUAUUCAUCGUCCAAGUUCAUUACUUGCUAAUUCGAGUAUUUCAUCACAAUCAACAAUAUUGUGUUCGCCACUGGCUAGAAAAGAAUCUUCAGCUUCUACAAUUACACCAAUUGUUGCACCUAUUCCUCAUAGAAAUAGUGUCACUAGUAAUAAUAAUCAAACUGGUGACACUCCCUUGAGUUCAAGUGUGGCUGGUAUUGGCGGUGGCGCUGCUGCAACAACAACCCCUCAUCCAUUGUCAUCUUCAUCAGCAGGACCAACCGAUGGUGUUGGUAGAGGAAGCACCUCAUCUUACUCUUUACCGUUGACGCCAAUUGGAGGUGCGAGACCAGCAUCAGAGAAUCAACCGGGAUCUGAAUUGCAAGCGCAUUCACAAUUACAAGCACGUUCACUACCGGGAUCUGCUUCUGGUGGAAGUUCAAGUGCAAAGAUGGGACUACCACCACCUACAAAGAUUCCUUCUAUCUCAAGUUCAUUCCAAGAUAGAUUACGUCCUUCAGUAUUUGAGCUCCAUGCAAUGAACAAGCGUGAUACGGUAAGUUCAAUUAGUGAGUCCUUUAGUGGGGUUGGUGGUGGCACAAAUAGUGCACCAGGUAGCAUAUCAGGAUUAGGCAAUGCUGGUAAUAGCGGUUCAGGUUCAAUUGGAUCUCAUUCAACAAUGCUGAUUUUCUCCAACAAGUCAUCGUCGAUAUCAUCAACACAAUCAUCUUUUUCGUAUCCUUUCCAACGCACAUCAUCUUUUGGUGGGUCGAUAUCAUUUGGCACAAAGAGUUCAAUUUCGAUUGCACCACAUGAAGUGGUUGCUGAUGAAGGAAAAGUGAGACCAGUUACUCCACAAUCACCAGGACAUGUUGAUUCAAGCAAUGCAGCUGCCACUACUAUAUCAGAAGAAGGAGAAAGAGAAGGAGAAGGAGGAGUUUCAGUGGCACCACAGGUUUCAUCAGCAAGAUUGAAACAUUCACUGCUGCUGAGACCAACCACACCCAUAUAUGGACACGGAGCAACCCACAAUCCAAGAUCAAGUUCACCAUUAUCCAAGAGCCAUCAUCAUGAAAAUAGUGGAGCAAUAACCAAACCACAACCAAAUAAAAAAGUUAGUGUUACGUCAAUGCUUGAUGAUUCAGCCAAUGCCAAAGCAUUGCCUAAACUUUCACAAGCUGUUGCUCAUGCAAUGGCCAGAUCUAGAUCAACAUCACCAACUACUGUACGAACGCCAUCUUCAGGUACACCUACGCUUCCCGCGGCACCAAGUGGAACAGAUGGUACCAAGUUUGAAUCUAGACAACCACUUUACAUGUCGUCGCUGAUUCGAGAGGAGAAGAAUUCGCAUUCAUCAUCGUCAAGUGGCGAGGAGAACAAUGGUGUAAGGAAGAUUACUGCUGAGUAG